AUGCCAUCUCUGUCAGAGCAGCUGCAGGAGGUGCGGAGUCAAACUGAAGUGUGUCUGUACUCCAGCGGCAGGGUGGUGGAGGUGCGGGCUGGGGUCAUGGCUAUGACAAAUCUGCCAUUACCACCCUGCUCCAAAUACUGCCACAUCGCUGCAGAGUCCAUGGUCAUUGAAAACAGCUUUGGCAGCAACAGAAAGGAGACCCUUGCAUCUCUCCAGCGCUUGUCUACAGCACUGAACAUCCUGGAAAAGUAUGGCUGCAACUUGACAAAUCCCAACAGGCCCAAAUACUGGAGGACUGUGAAACACAACAAUCCAGUGUUCAGAGCCACAGUUGAUGCUAUUCAGGGAGGACGGGCAGUGCUCUGUCUCUAUGGUUACUCCAAUCAGCAGGCAGAUGGACUCAGCUUCCCUGAUGAUGUCACUGAUCCUGAUGUGGGCCGUGUUGCUGCAGUAACACUUGAAGUGAUGAGUCUGAGGACAGAACUAGAAAUGCUUAUCAAGGAGGCCCACCCCCACCCUGAGUUCUACGAGAGAAUCAUUCCUACACUGAGACACAAGGAUGUGGGCCUUAAUACUGAUGCUGUAGUCUACCAAUCCUCUGCCACAUCACACCACUCUGAUAAUCAGACCAAGUCUUUAGCUUUCCCCGUCCACCACCACUCCCUAAGGGAGAGCAGCCGUGGCCUCUCCCUGUCUUCCAACCACCAAAGUCUCCACUCCAUUCAAGACUUUUCCACCUCCUCAAACAAACACCCAGAGAACUGCACUAUCUGUGGAAUAUUCAGAAUCUCUGCCCACUGCCUCACCUGCCUCCAGGGUCUCUGCUCAGAAUGUGACAGACUAUACCACUCCUACACUGAGAGAGCCCACCACCGUCGAACAGCUGUCACAUCAUCAUCAUCAACCAAAAACAGAAGCAAUAAUAGUUCUUCCACAUGGUGUUGCCUUAACUGCACUAAAGCCAACUCCAUCCAGGAUGUGCUGUGUUCGGACUGUGAGCGCCCUCGUUUGGAAUCCAUCAGCUCUAAAGCAGAGGAAUCUCAGUCUACAACAAUCACUGACUGGCAGUGUAAGAGCUGUACAAUGGUGAAUUCUGCCAGCAGUAUUCUUUGUGAGGUGUGUGAAAGACCUCGUUUGGCCACACGACCUCCAAUGACCCCAUCACACCCACCUAUCAACCCUCCAAGGCCGCCAGCACCAGUGCUGGGAAUGCCUGGGGACCCCGACAGCCAGUGGGUCUGUCAGUUCUGUACAUAUCUGAACUAUACUCCUGCUACAGUGUGUGACAUGUGUGACCUGGCUCGUCCAGAGCCUGCACCCCUGCCUGUGAGGCUCCGUCCUCCCUCUCCUGUCAGACGGGUCCCUGCCCUGCCAAUCAAACCCAAAGAGCCUGCCCCUGAAGACCUGGACUGCUGGAGACAGAGGCUGAUGAAAGAGGAGGGGCUUAAGUUGAUUCAACUGAUAAGAGAUGGGGAGAAGAAAGGAAUGAGUCCAGAAGAGGUAUACACAAGCAUGAGGGUAGCAGGAGACAGCAGCAUCUUGCCCAACAAGUGGUUAAAGUCAGAGCUUCCUCCGCUGCUAGACCAGAUCAGGAUGUUGGUAGCGGCAUCCCCUAAGUUUGACAAGACUACAACACAGCACACAAGCAGGUCAAGUGACGCUCCUGUUGCGGAUGCCGGGAGAGAGGAGUACCCUGUAGAGACAGAAAGUGGGAUCAAGCUGUCCAGAGCAGAGACUAAGCAAGCCUGGCUGACAGCAGGCGGAGACUCAGAGAGAGCAGCCAGACAAGCUCUAAGAGACAGACUUGCCAAGAUAAAGGAGCUGUGUGCACUGGGCUUCAGAGAAGAGGCUCACUGCCAUGAGGUUUUGAAACAGAGUGGUGGUGAGGUAAGAGGAGCUCUAGCCCUGCUGCAGAGACCCCUACUGGAGCCCUUCCACAACCGUAUUUGGAGUGCGAAAGCCGAACCUCCAGUAGACAUCCAUCACCCUGACAAACAGCGGAUAUGUCGUAGGCUACUUGCUGUAUAUGAUCUUCCGAGCUGGGGUCGCUGUGAGCUAGCAUUGUCACUUCUUCUGGAGCAUACUGCUUCUUACUCCCUGGAGGAUGUUGUGCAGGCUGUACGAGAGUCCCAUGACAGAGAGUUUAUCAGGAGAGUGCUGGCUAAAGAGUGUCCCAUCUGCCUAUCUGUCUUUCCCCACAGCAAGAUGCAGUCUUUAACAUCAUGCCAGUGUUCAGUGUGCUGUGGUUGUUUCCAGCAGCACUUCACUAUCGCUGUAAGGGACAAACACAUCAGGGACAUGGUGUGUCCAGUGUGCUGGGAGCCAAACAUCAACGAUCCUGAACACCUGAACAGCUAUUUUUCCACCCUUGACAUCCAGCUACGAGAGUGCCUGGAGCCAGAAGUCUAUGAACUGUUCCAUAAGAAGCUGACAGAGCAGGCUCUAAUCAAGGACCCCAAGUUCCUCUGGUGCUGUCAUUGUUCAUAUGGGUUUAUCUAUGAUGGAGACCAGCUGAAGGUUACCUGUUUUCAGUGUCGCAACAGUUUCUGUGCUCAGUGUAAAAAACCUUGGGAGUGUCAGCAUGCCGGUUUGUCCUGUGAACAGUACCAGUCCUGGAAGAGAGAAAAUGAUCCAGAGUAUCAGAAGCAGGGCCUGGCCGGAUACCUCAGAGACAACGGCAUCACCUGUCCAAACUGCCGCUUCCAGUAUGCACUGUCUAAAGGAGGCUGUAUGCAUUUCUGCUGCUCUCAGUGUCGCUACCAGUUCUGCAGUGGCUGCAACAACCCUUUCCACACUACCUGUGCGGUGGACGAAUGCAGUGUGUCAGGACUACACGCCCAUCACCCCAGAGACUGCCUCUUCUACCUGAGAGACUGGGAACCUUCCAGACUGCAGGCGUUACUCCAGAAGAAUGAAGUGGUGUUCAACACUGAACCCCCGCCUGGAACACAGACAGGUCUAUGUGGAGUGAUAGAGCAGAAGGAUGAGGGAGGGCAACAGCCAGAUUCAGCUUGUGGAGCUCAAACCCAGCAUGGACAUGCCGGACUCUGCGAGAAGCAUUACCGGGAGUAUCUGGUCAGCCUGAUCAACAGCCACUCUAUCGACCCUGCCCCCCUUUACAGCUCCAAUGAGCUGCUACUGGCCUGCAGGCGGUACAAGGUAGACGACACCCGCAAGGAUGGGGAGGACGGCUUCACCUUCUACAGCAGACUGCUCGAGAAAUUGAUGGGCGAAGUACCGCUUGGCGACAAGGUGCCACGCAAAAAAUGAAUGCAACAACAUGGUUUCUCAUUUCCUGUGGUUAUCUCGACUUUUUCACUUAAAUUCAGCUACAAGAUACAUAAUGACAACUGUUUUAUUUUUCCUGUAAUGGUGUUAAUAGAGGAUAGGGGCAUCUCUAGGCAAACAAAUGUCUUUUCCUCUGGACAGUGUUGUUUUCUGUGCCAUUUUAAUUAGCGUUUGUGAAAGAAAACAGAACAUAACAAUAUGGUUUAAAUAUUGUUAAGGUACCUUAGAGGCUUAUCCUCUCAAGUGAAAGCCCAGGAGAUAAAUUCAUCGAAACACAACUUCCUACAAGCAGGGGUCUCUAUGAAUUUAGUCUUGAUCUAUGUGAGUCACCUGCCCCUGAUGAGUGUUAACAACACUGAUGAUAAUUGUUUCAUAAAGUUGGUUAGCAACUGGCUCAGACAGCUCCACUUUACUGAACCAGCCGAGAGCACAUUCGCAUUAAAGACGCACAAGCCAGUCACAUCAAGAUGAAAGCAGAUCAAUAAAGAUAGUAAUCCUUAAUGAGGUGGAUAUACCUUUUUUUAUCUACAGGCAUCAUCUCAAUGUUUCCUGAGAUAGGAUUUAUUAUGGGUGCGAGCAAUACUAUGGGCAAUGCAUUGCACUCACAUUGUUAUUCCACAAAGAUUAUUUAUAACUGUUAAUUUGCAGACUCCAGAGGUUUACAAUAGUGAUGAUGUCACAGGUGAGACUUCCCUCUGACGACCCUUGUGUCAACCAUGAAUGGUGCCACUCCUGUUAGCUGAUCCCCUGCAGCUCCUCUGCAGGCAUGUUGGGUUAGUCUUUCUGUCUAUCAUACCUGCAACUUCAUCUCAAAGUAUUUUUGGUCUUCCAGAAAUUGUCUUGUCUUCCACACUUGUCUUCACUGUCAUUUAAUAACAACAUUUUACACAGUGUAGCACUUUGAUAUAUUUUAAUGUCCUGUUAAUAUUGCCCCAACCACCUUAAAUACUUUACUCUCUUUACCCUGUCAUCUCAUUAUAUGGUACUACUCAAAGUUCAUGGACCAUUAUUUUACCUCAUAAAUACCUUAAUGGAAAACAAGUUCAGGACUUCUGAGUGUAAUCAAAGUAGAAAGGUGCCCCAAACCUUUAUACAUGCCACAAUUAGUGUUUUAGUAUUUUAUUUAUUUAAUGACAUUAAAGAUUGCAAAGUUUAAAACAGUGGUAUGUUUUAAUAAUUGUCUCUAAUAAUGUUUCUUACUUUUGUUAAAGGCCCCUUUAUUGUUAACUCUGCUGUUGUUUCUGUCAGGAGCUUGUAGGAUGGUGAUGUGAUUGGCUCAAUAGUCGGCAGGUGUUGAUCUGAUCCUCGAAGCUGAACAUGAUGUUAGCAGUGCAGUACAGGUUACCAUGGUGAUCUAUCCCCAGUUAAAAGUGAGCUAGCUUCUUGAUACAGAAGACCUGAGAUAAAACCAAAGAUAGCUUGAUCUCACGCAUUAAAUCUGUGUUUUCGCUGUACAUUUUAUGUUUUAAUUUUUGUGUGUCAAAAAAAAUACUAUAAUAGUGCAUAUUUAUAUGUAUUAUAUAUAUUAUAUGUGAGUAUCGUAUCAGUUGGUACACACCUGGUAUUACCUGGUGUUUUUUAUGAUCCGAUCUCAAGUGGACAUCUCUAAGCACAGGUAUUAACGCAUUCAGAUAAGAUAGCGAUCCGAUCACGCCAGACCACAUUCCGAGGUGGUCUGGGCCACGUGUCCGCAUUCUUUUAACAGUGUGAAAGCAAAUCAAUCCUUAGCAACAUAAGAAGGACCUUCUACACGGCUGCUGUCCUUUGAGCCGCUGUACUUUGAAUCGAUCAUAUUUUUUCUCUUUUCGUGGAUUUGUUUGUGCCACUGCCACAAUAUCAACACUAAUCACCACAUAAUCGUAAAUGGUCUAUAUGAAUUUAACGCUGUCCUUGUCUUGAUGACCACUCAAAGCGCAUUCACCCAUUCACACAUACAUUCAUAGAGUGCAUCUAUGGGCAACUAUGGAUUUGUGGUUGUUUCCAGGACACUUCGGCAUGAGGAUGAAGAAGACUGGGAUCAAACCACCCCACAUUCUGUUUAGAGGACCACAACUCUACCCCCUUAUUCACAGCCACCCACUUAAUGAUUUAUUUUAAUCUUCAUUAAAUUGGUAAAAUCUUUCUUCACAGCUGCACAAGAUUCAUUCAGAUUGUCCUGACUAACCUCUCUUUCUUUCUUGAUCUUGCUGACACACACACACACAUCUGUAGUCUCAGACUGGCCCAAAACAAAAUUUUGGUCUUAACUAACACAAAUGACUUGGGGAAGUGAGCGAUUUAUUAUCGAAUCUCUCAGGACAUAUGUUAAUACCAGGUGUGUACGGGCCCAGUAUUAAAGUUUUACAGUUGUUUAUAGAUAGCAUUAGAUCCUGUGCUUGUGAUAAUAUGCAGCAGUAUGAUACUUGAUAAAUGUGAACUCAUGUUUAACAGGUUUGUAGCUUGUUGAUGUGUAUUCCUUUGAAUAUGCUGUUAUUCUGUGUUCUGUACUAUGUCAAAAUAA